CAAUCGAACGUUGAUCCCUAACUAACCACUCCCGGACAUUUAAGCUGCCUGACAAGAGUGAGCGCACAGAGGAAGAUACAAGAGAGUGUAAAAGAGGAAGACACAAAAUAUUACUAUACAAGGAAGGGCGCACACACGGUGAUUUGACAAGGAAGUGGUGUGCGGCAUUAAGGGAGCUGUCUUCUUGUAACACGGACACCCUUCGAGCGCCUGCAACUUAACAGUCCUUAUAGCAACCAUGUCAAGUGCAGAGAAGUUUCUCUACGUUGACCGCAACUCCAUCAACAACCCUCUGGAGCAGGCCGACUGGGCUUCCAAGAAGCUGGUAUGGGUGCCCUCAGAAAAGGUGGGCUUCGAACCGGGCUCCAUCAAGGAGGAGAAGGGCGAGGAGUGCCUGGUGGAACUCACCGACUCUGGCAAGAAGGUCAAGGUGAACAAGGAUGACCUCCAGAAGAUGAACCCGCCCAAGUUCAGCAAGGUGGAGGACAUGGCCGAGCUCACCUGCCUCAACGAGGCCUCUGUGCUGCACAACCUGAAGGAGCGAUACUACUCCGGCCUCAUCUACACAUAUUCGGGGCUCUUCUGUGUGGUGAUCAACCCCUACAAGAAUCUCCCCAUCUACUCCGAGGAGAUAGUGGACAUGUACAAGGGCAAGAAGAGGCACGAGAUGCCCCCUCACAUCUACGCCAUCACAGAUACGGCCUACAGGAGCAUGAUGCAAGAUCGCGAGGACCAGUCCAUCCUGUGCACGGGUGAGUCAGGUGCUGGAAAGACUGAAAACACAAAGAAGGUUAUCCAGUAUCUGGCUCAUGUCGCGUCGUCAUUCAAGCUCAAGAAGGACCCGAGAGAUGCAGUCCUGUCUCAUGGAGAACUUGAAAAGCAGCUUCUGCAGGCUAACCCCAUCCUGGAGGCCUUUGGCAAUGCCAAGACGGUCAAGAAUGACAACUCCUCCCGAUUUGGGAAGUUCAUCAGGAUCAACUUUGAUGUAAAUGGCUAUAUUGUCGGGGCCAAUAUUGAAACUUAUCUACUGGAGAAAUCCCGUGCCAUCAGACAAGCCAGAGAGGAACGGGCAUUCCAUGUCUUCUACUACCUGCUAGCUGGGGCUGGAGAUAAACAGCGCACCGAGCUGUGUUUGGAAGACCACAGCAAGUAUCGCUUCUUAUCCAAUGGCAACGUGACCAUCCCAGGCCAGCAGGACCGGGACCUGUUUCAGGAGACCAUAGAUGCCUUUAAGAUCAUGAGCAUCCCAGAGGAGGAGCAGACUGGUCUGCUGAAGGUGGUGUCAUCUGUUCUUCAGCUGGGUAACAUGUCCUUUAAGAAGGAACGCCACACCGACCAGGCUGCCAUGCCUGAUGACACUGCUGCGCAGAAGGUGUGCCACCUCUUUGGCAUCAACGUGACGGACUUCACUCGCGCCAUCCUGUCCCCCCGCAUCAAGGUGGGUCGUGACUACGUGCAGAAGGCCCAGACGCAGGAGCAGGCAGAGUUCGCCGUGGAGGCCCUGGCCAAGGCCACCUACGAGCGGAUGUUCCGCUGGCUGGUCAUGCGCAUCAACAAAGCCCUGGACAAGACCAAGCGCCAGGGGGCCUCUUUCAUCGGAAUCCUGGACAUUGCUGGAUUUGAGAUCUUUGAGUUGAACUCCUUCGAGCAGCUCUGCAUCAACUACACCAAUGAGAAGCUGCAGCAGCUGUUCAACCACACCAUGUUCAUCCUGGAGCAGGAGGAGUACCAGAGGGAGGGCAUCGAGUGGAGCUUCAUCGAUUUCGGCCUGGACCUGCAACCCUGCAUCGAUCUCAUCGAGAGGCCCUCUGGUCCUCCUGGAGUCUUGGCCCUGCUGGAUGAGGAGUGCUGGUUCCCCAAAGCCACCAACAAGUCCUUUGUGGAGAAGGUGUGCCAGGAGCAGGGUGACCACCCUAAGUUCUACAAACCCAAGAAGCUGAAGGACGAUGCUGACUUCUGUAUUGUCCACUAUGCUGGAAGGGUGGAUUACAAAGCAGAUGAAUGGCUAACGAAGAACAUGGAUCCUCUGAAUGAGAGUGUGGUGUCUUUGCUCAACCAGUCUUCUGACAAGUUUGUGUCUGAACUGUGGAAAGACGUGGACCGUAUUGUCGGACUAGAUAAGGUGGCUGGAAUGGCUGACUCUCUGCAUGGGGCCUUCAAGACCCGUAAGGGAAUGUUCCGGACUGUCGGGCAGCUUUAUAAGGAGCAGCUCAGCAACCUGAUGACGACCCUGAGGAACACCAACCCCAACUUUGUCCGCUGCAUCAUUCCCAACCACGAAAAGAAGGCUGGUAAACUGGAGUCCCAGCUGGUUUUGGAUCAGUUGAGGUGCAACGGUGUCCUGGAGGGCAUCCGUAUUUGCAGACAGGGUUUCCCCAAUCGCAUCGUCUUCCAGGAGUUCAGACAGAGGUAUGAGAUCCUUACUCCCAGCGCAAUCCCCAAAGGGUUCAUGGAUGGCAAACAAGCGUGUGCCCUCAUGAUCAAAUCCCUGGAGCUGGACCCUAACCUCUAUCGGAUCGGCCAGAGCAAAGUGUUCUUCCGUGCCGGAGUCCUGGCCCACCUGGAGGAGGAGAGGGACCUGAAGAUCACCGACGUCAUCAUCAGCUUCCAGUCCUGGUGCAGGGGCUAUGUCGCACGCAAAUCUUUUGCCAAGAGGCAGCAGCAGCUGACCGCUAUGAGGGUGAUCCAGAGGAACUGUGCCGCCUACCUCAAACUCAAGAACUGGCAGUGGUGGAGACUCUUCACUAAGGUGAAGCCCCUGCUGCAGGUGACCCGGCAGGAGGAGGAGAUGUUUGCCAGAGAGGAGGAACUGGAGAAAGUGAAGGAGAUGCAGCAGCAAGCCGAACAGCAGCUCAAGGACUUUGAGCACAAGCAGGAGCAGAUUAUGGUUGAGAAGAUGGCUCUGCAGGAGCAGCUGCAAGCUGAAAUGGAGCUGUGUGCCGAGGCCGAGGAGGUGCGCGGGCGCCUGACGGCCAGACAGCAGGAGCUGGAGGACAUCCUCCAUGACCUGGAGUCCCGAGUGGAAGAGGAGGAGGAGCGCGUCACCCAUCUGCAGACGGACAAGAAGAAGAUGCAGCAGAACAUCUCGGAGCUGGAGCAGCAGCUGGAUGAGGAGGAGGGGGCCAGGCAGAAGCUGCAGCUGGAGAAGGUCACUACGGACGCCAAGCUGAAGAAGAUCGAAGAGGACGUCAUGAUUCUGGACGACCAAAACAACAAGCUCAACAAGGAAAAGAAACAUUUUGAAGAGAGGAUCUCUGAGUUCACUGCUAUCCUGGCGGAAGAGGAGGAGAAGUCCAAGAGUCUUCAGAAACUCAAGAACAAGCAUGAGGCCAUGCUCACCGACCUGGAAGACCGUCUCCGUAAGGAGGAGAAGCAGCGUCAGGAGCUGGACAAGAGCCGGCGCAAGCUGGAGGGCGACUCUUCUGAGCUGAGUGACCAGAUGUCCGAGCUGCAGGCCCAGAUAGCUGAGCUCCGUGCCCAGCUGGCCAAGAAGGAGGAGGAGCUUCAGGCAGCUUUAGCCAGGAUUGAGGAGGAGGCCGCCCUGAAGAACACAGCCCAGAAGAAGAUCCGGGAGCUGGAGGCUCAGCUGUCCGAGCUGCAGGAGGACCUGGAGCUGGAGAAGGGGGCCCGCGCCAAGGCUGAGAAACACCGCCGGGACCUGGCUGAGGAGCUGGAGGCCCUCAAGACCGAGCUGGAGGACACGCUGGACACCACGGUUGCCCAGCAGGAGCUCAGAGCGAAGCGAGAGUCUGAGGUAACUGAGCUGAAGAGGACUCUGGAUGAAGAGGCCAAGACCCAUGAAACGAUGCUAGGCGAAUUACGCUUGAAGCACAACCAGGCCUUUGAGGAGCUCAAUGAGCAGCUGGAACAGGCCAAAAGGAACAAGGUGUCGGUGGAGAAGACGAAGCAGGCACUGGAGAGCGAGCGGAACGAGAUGCAGAUUGAGCUGAAGUCUCUGUCCGACAGCAAGAACGACUCCGAACAACGCAGGAAGAAGGCCGAGUCCCAGCUGCAGGAGAUCCAGAUAAAGCACACGGAGAGCGAGAAGCAGAGGCAGGAACUGUCCACCAAAGCGGCCAAGAUGCAGACGGAGUUGGAGCAAGUCAACAGCACGCUGAAUGCAGUUGAGAGCAAGUCCAUCAAGGCCAGCAAGGACUGCUCUGCUGUGGAGUCCCAGCUUCAGGAUGUCCAGGUGCUCCUUGAAGAGGAGACCCGACAGAAACUGUCCUUGUCCACCAAGCUGAGGCAGACCGAGGAUGAGCAGAGCAACCUGCGGGAGAUGCUUGAGGAAGAGGAGACGGCCAAGAAGAACGUGGAGAAGCAGCUGUACACUGCACAGUCCCAGCUAGCCGAGUUGAAGAAGAAGGUGGAGCAUGAGACCCUGUCUCUGGAGAGUGUGGAGGAGAGCAAGAAGCGUCUGCAGCGCGAGAUGGAGGGAGUCGUGCAGCAGCUGGAUGAGAAGAACUCGGCCUACGACAAGAUGGAGAAGACCAAGACCCGCCUGCAGCAGGAGCUGGACGACAUGACGGUGGAUCAGGACCACCUCCGCCAGAUCGUCACCAACCUGGAGAAGAAGCAGAGGAAGUUUGAUCAGAUGCUGGCCGAGGAGAAGGGCAUCUCCACCAAGUACGCUGAGGAGCGGGACCGAGCCGAGGCGGAGGCCCGGGAGAAGGAGACUCGGGCUCUGACCCUCACCCGGGAGCUGGAGAGCAUGACCGACCAGAGGGACGACCUCGACCGUGCCAACAAGCUGCUCAAGGCCGAGAUGGAGAACUUGGUGUCCUCAAAGGAUGACGUUGGCAAGAGUGUCCAUGAGCUGGCGCGCUCCAAGAGGGCGGUGGACCAGCAGCUGGAAGAGAUGAAGACGCAGCUGGAGGAGCUGGAGGAUGAGUUGCAGCUCACAGAAGACGCCAAGCUGCGUCUGGAGGUCAACAUGCAGGCCAUGAAGGCCCAGUUCGACCGGGACCUGCUGGCCAGAGAUGAACAGGGCGAGGAGAAGAGGAAGCAGCUGAUCAAACAGGUGCGGGAGAUGGAGGUGGAGCUGGAGGAUGAGCGCAAGCAGCGCACUCUGGCCAUGGCCGGCCGCAAGAAGCUGGAGCUCGACCUGUCCGAGCUGGAGGCUCAUAUCGACAUGGCCAACAGGGCUCGUGAUGAGGCCCAGAAACAGCUCAGGAAACUGCAGGCCCAGCUGAAGGAAACGCUUCGAGAGUUUGAGGAUAUGCGGAUGUCCAGGGAGGAAGCGCUCAACGAGGCCAAAGAAAACGAGCGCAAGAUCAAAACCAUGGAGGCUGAGAACUUUCAGCUUCAAGAGGAUCUCUCCUCAUCUGAACGGGCGAAGAAACAGGCACAGAAUGAGCGGGAUGAGCUGCAGGAUGAAAUCGCCAGCCAGAAUAGCAAGAACUCUCAGCUGAGUGAGGAGAAGAGGAAGCUGGAGGCCCGCAUCGCCCAGCUUGAGGAAGAGCUGGAGGAGGAGCACUUCAACACCGAGCUGACCAAUGACCGACUGAGGAAAGCCACUCUGCAGACCGACCAGCUGACCAACGAGAUCUCAACUGAGCGCAGUAACAGCCAGAUCCUGGAGGGCUCGCGCUCGCAACUGGACCGCCAGAACAAGGAGCUGAAGCUUAAACUGCAAGAGAUGGAGGACACGGUCCGGUCCAAAUACAAGUCCACCAUCGCUACCCUGGAGACCAAGAUUGCACUGCUUGAGGAGCAGCUUGACGCUGAAACCAGAGAACGACAGGUGGCCUCUAAACUGGUGCGGCGCUCCGAGAAGAGGCUGAAGGAAAUCCUGCUGCAAGUUGACGACGAGAGACGCAACACGGAGCAGUUCAAAGACCAGGCCGACAAGCUGAACGUCCGCAUGCGUCAGCUCAAGAGACAGCUGGAGGAGGCCGAGGAGGAGUCCACGCGUGCCAACGCCUUCCGUAGGAAGCUGCAGAGAGAGCUGGAUGAUGCCACAGAGUCUGCUGACAGCAUGAACCGUGAAGUCAGUACUCUAAAGAGCAAACUCCGGCGCGGGGACUACUCUGUGAACGUGAGGAGGCUUGUUGGCCGCUCAGGCGGGGACAGCGAUGAGGAGGUGGAUGGAAAGAGUGAAGCGAAGAGCGAAGAGGUCACACCCGAGUAACCCACCUGUUCAGAAGCAAGAGCGCCCCCCGCAGGUCACAUGAUUGGAACUGCUUACCUCACUUUCAGUGUGGUUUGCCUGAUGGUGACCCCUAUUUUCCAGCCUUAAUCAUGUUGUUUGACAUGUAUGAAUCCAAAUGCCCCCCUGGGAACUGCUUUUACAUUUAACUGUCUUGAAGUGUAACCAACUUGCAGCAUAGAGACCUAGACGUCAGCGAGCAACAGAAUACUCCAUGUUGGUAAAUGGAGCACAUAAGCACUCAACAUUAAGAGAUUCGUCCAAAUAUCCAUGUUCACUUUAAUUUGAAAUAUUACAUUUUAUUAUUUUUUGUACUUUACAUAGAUACCUAAAUGACCACUUUUGCUCAGUCAUUCUGCCUCUUGUUCUUAGAGGAGGAUUGUUGCAACUGAACUUUGCUCUACACGUUUUGUUGGUUAAGAGUUUUCUAAAUUAAAGUGUUUACCAAGUCUCACCAAAAUAGUUGACACAGAAACGGGUCACAUUGUUAAUGCUGUUCAAAGUGGUAACUGCCAUCUAACUGCUAUCUCAUGUAUGCCUUUAAAAAGUUACUCCCCAGUUUUUGAAGGGGCUCAGGAUUUUCCACAUCUGUUAAAGAUAUUUAGGUGAUGGGGAUAUAACCACAUUUAGUUAGUGCUGAUGUGUGUCGUGUACACACACUAGCGGUCAGGCUUGGUGGUGAGUGUUUUAGGCCAAUGUAUUACUGUUGUAUUGAAUGUCCGUCUGCCUGCAGCAAUACUAGUUUAUUGAAACACUUUUAUAUGAAAAUGUAUACUCUGCCCUUAAUCUCUUCAGUAUUAAGUAACUCUUCAUCUUUAACAUCUAUGGUUUGGUCCCUCUUGGCAGUGUUAGUUUCCAUAUACUGUAGAUCUGUUAAACUGGGGGUUAAGUAUAAAUUUAUGCUUGCAAUUAAUUUUAGAAAUGAAAAGGUAUAUAUUUGAUUUGCUCACUGUGACCUAUGCAAUUUUUAUCUGUCAUUGGUCCAUUUAAUGUAUAUUUGCAUUUCAAUAAAGUGAAUGGUAUAACUCUC